AUGGCAAUUUUUGAUGCCAAGGAAAACUUUAAUAAUAUUAAUUUUGAUGUGAACAACAUUUUAUUGAUACAAGACAAUAAACCAAGGCAUAUCGUAACGUCAGAUCUAUCUAUCUAUCUAUCUAUCUAUCUAUCAAGUAUAUCUAUCUAUCUAUCUAUCUAUCUAUCUAUCUAUAUAUCUAUCUAUAUAUAUAUAUAUACCAAUUUUAGUAAUAAUCUAUCUAUUUAUCUUUCUUUCUUUCAGUCAGUUCAUCAUCAUUUUUCUUGCGUUUCAUAUCUAUCUAUCUAUCUAUCUAUCUAUCUAUCUAUCUAUCUAUCUAUCUAUUACAGUCUCUUUUAUAAUCUAUCUAUUUUAUCUAUCUAUAUAAACUAUACUCUUUUUCUUUCUUUCUUUCUUUCUUUCUUUCUUUUUUCUUUCUUUCUUUCUUUUUUCUUUCUUUCUUUUCUUUCUUUCUUUCUUUCAGUUUCUUUCAUUUCCUUUCACCCUCCCAGUUUGAUUCUAUUAUCAUUUCUCCCCUCCCAGUCUGAUCAUAUCUAUCUAUCUCACCCUCCCAGUCUGAUCAUAUCUAUCUAUCUAUCUAUCUAUCUAUCUAUCUAUCUAUCUAUCUAUCUAUCUAUCUAUCUGUGCACAGAUUCAGCUUUGCCUGAGCAACUGGUUCUUUUUUCUCCCAAAAGAUCCGCAAAAAGAGCUUAA